CACCCCUCAGAAUGGACGAGGAUGGUACAGUCCGCUAGUCAAGUAAACAUGGAGCCGUUGGAAUCAAGUGUCGAUAGAAACGCCAGUGGAUAAUGCGAAUGAAUUUUUGCCCUUUAAUUUCUACAAGUCAACAUAGUUGUACCGAGCCUGUCGACUGUUUCUGUCUGCGGCCGCCCGAUGUGUGCAAACGUGAAACAUUGUUCAAGUUCUGUUGUUUCGUGUGACGUUUGUAGUCCCACCCGGAGUCCAUGGAGGCCAGACAAGUUACGAAGGUGUACGGAGAAGUCAGUUCUCUCCCCGCGCCGGUUUGUGCUGAAGUGCGCGAACAACAGCAUGAAGAAGGCAUUCGUCUCAUCACAGUGAAUGCAGGGUGGAGUCAGACUGAUGCGGUGAGAGCAUCCAGACUUUGUUACACGCAACAAUGGACUCUGAUCUCAGCCCCUGGAAACAAGCAGAACAUCAAGACAGUCCUCCCGCCAGGACCAUGUGUACCCCUGUCUGGAGAGUUGCUUAGUGCUCUUUCAUCCAUUGGUGGUUUGAGGGCUGUGGUCCGAGACACGGGUGGUCACCAGCUGCUGGAGAUUUGGGACCAUCAUGGUCUUAGGAAAUGCCUCAACCUGACUGCCCUCAACAAACAUGGCGGCGUGUACGAUGAUGCUCAGUUUGGCGGACUGUCAUGGUCAGAGUGUGAGAACAAGCUUCUCUACAUAGCUGAAAAGAUGAAAAACACAGAUGAGGAGUCUUCAUGGGGGAAGGAUAGGAAUGUAUACUGUGAGGACUGGGGCGAGGCUCUAACCAACAAGUGUACUCCAGUCAUUUGUGUGGUUAGCCUCCGCAGCGGAUCAUUGGAUGUGUUGUCGGGAAUCCCCACUGACAUCUCACCAGGACAGGUUUGCUGGGCUCCAGGAAGCCAGUCUGUGUUUUUUAUUGGUUGGUACCAUGAACCCUUCAGAUUGGGACUCAAAUUUUGCUCCAAUCGCAGGUCAGCUUUGUUCCAGCUCCACAUGGAUGGUCAUUGUGAACGCUUGACGGGGGAAAACCUUUCAGUGUCCUGUCCCAGGCUGAGUCCAGAUGGGUCUACGCUGGUCUACCUGCAGGGCCAGGUUUUUGGGCCGCACAGUCAGUGCCUCAGUUUGCAGCAGUUGGACCUAAAGAGUAGGACAACGUCCACACUCUUGGAUGUUGUCCAUAGGCCUCAGAGUGAUGGCUUUGCUGGUGUGUAUGAAGCCCUGCCCUUCAGCUGUUGGUCUGCAGAUGGUCAGAGAGUUGUGUUCAGUAGCGCCUGUCAGAAUCGCAAGGAUCUCUUCGUAGUGGACAGAGGGUCAAAGAAAGUCGUCUCCCUCUCUCGUGGCCUGCCUGAUGCUAUAUAUGGCAGCUGGAAGCUACUGACCAUCCAGAAAGACCUGAUGGUCGUGUGUUGUUCCAGCCCUAACACGCCCCCAACCAUGCUGGUGGGUUUCCUCCCUUCAGUAGGUGAAGCUGUGACUUGGCACAAACUUCAGGAGCCCAUCCAGACAUUUGACUUCCUGUGGACUGUUCUGGAAGUUGAACCUCUACCAGAAGAGGAGAACCAAAAUUAUCCUGGAUUAAAGUUUGGAGCAGUCCUUGUUCAACCAUGUGUACCUCUCCCUGGAGCCCAGACACCGCUUGUAGUCUUCAUCCAUGGUGGGCCACACUCCCAAUUUGCCGCAGAGUGGAACACCACCACUGCUGGUCUUGUCUCUCUUGGCUUUGCGGUGCUAAUGGUAAACUACCGCGGCUCGACAGGCUUUGGCCAAGACAGCAUUCUCUCCCUCAUUGGUCACAUUGGAAGCCAAGAUGUUCAAGAUGUCCAGAGGGCCGUGCUCGCUGCGUUGCACAGCCACACGACUCUUGACGCCAGUCGCGUGGCUGUAAUCGGGGGUUCCCACGGCGGCUUCCUGUCUUGUCACCUGGUGGCUCAGUACCCAGAGUUCUACAAGGUGUGUGCAGCCAGGAACCCUGUCAUCAACGCUGCCACUUUGCUGGGCACCAGCGACAUCGUAGACUGGCGUUACACCUGUGUGGGCUUACAGUACUCCUACAACCAGACACCUACUGCAGAAGCAUUGGCUGCCAUGUUGGAGAAGUCGCCUAUCAUGCAUGCUGCACAGAUCAAGGCUCCGGUGCUUUUGAUGCUGGGAGGCAGAGACAGACGAGUGUCUCCUUACCAAGGUCUGGAGCUCUAUAAAGUGCUCAAAAGUCGAGCGGCGCCUGUCAGGUUACUGUGGUUUGCAGACGAUGGCCACUCCCUGUCUAGAGUGGACACACAGGCCCAGUGUUUUAUCAACGUAGCACUAUGGCUGCACCAAUACCUCUAAAAAACAAUCACGGUCAUGAUCAUGUUCAGUGAUGGGUGAAAUGGCAUUUUACACAAACAGUGUCA